ACUCUGGCCGAUUGGAGCGAGGAGGAGUUAGAGCACCUGCAGUUGGGCCCAGCAGCAGCGGAGGUGCGAGCAUACGCGGCAGAGAUGGCAGCCAUGGAAGCAGCAGUUGCUGCAGCCGUGCCGAGGGCAGGGAGAGAGAGAGCCCGCUGGGCUCUGCGUGUUGUCACCUCACGGUCCUUCUCCAUCUCUAAUGCCGCUGACCCUGCCGGUGCUGCUGGUGCUGUGGAAUCUAGAGGAGCCACUACGGAGUCGCUGCUCAGGGAAGGGGGUGGUGGUGAUGGUGGAGGUGGCGGUGGAGGUGGAUCGGCGGAGCUCUUGCCGUCCGCGUUUCAGGUUGGUUCCUCCUUUGCCAUCCUCUGUCCUCUUGUGCUGUGUUGGUCCCUCUGGUUGACAUGGCCAAUCACGCCCGCAACGCCGCCACCAGCGGAUUCACACGCGGCCAUGCAGCCGUCUCACACUCUGUCUCAAACUCCUUGCUCCUCCAUCCAUGCCCUAUGCGCCUCAUUCCAUAAGCGCUUCCUGCCCGGAGCUCUCCUCUCCCCUCAUCCCGGGUGCUCCUCUCAACCGCGGCAGGUGCUGGUCCCUCUGGUUCACAUGGCCAACCGCGCCUGCAGCGCCUGCCAGUGCCUCCCACUCACACACAACUGUGCAGCCGUCUCACAUUCCGUCUCGCUCAUGCCCUAUCUGCCCCCCCCGCAUCCCCAGGUGCUGGUGCCGCUAGUGGACAUGGCCAACCACGCCUGCAGCACUGCCACGGAAUCACACGCUGCUGUGCAACCUUCUGCCACGUGGCGCAUCAGGAGAGGGCGGACGCAGGGACCUGCAUCCGCUCUUCUUCCUCCGCGUUUUGAGGUGCUGGCAUCACGCCCUCUCCGCCCCGGCGCCCAAGCCACGAUCUCGUACAACCCUUUUUCAAAGCUCUCAACAGUCACCUUCCUCGCCUGCCCAACCUCCCCACCUCAUCCACACCGUCCCCUCCGCGCUUUGAGCUACUCGCAUCUCGCCCCCUCUGUCCCGGCGCCAAGUGACCAUCUCGGCUCGUCAUCCGCCCCCGGUCCUCCACGCUUUGAGCUGCUCGCAUCUCGCCCACUGCGCCCCGGCGCCCAAGUGACCAUCUCCUACGGCCCCCUCACCUCCCUCGCCUUCCUUCUCUCCUUCGGCUUCCUCCCCCGCAGCAAACCCGCCAAUCGAAUCACCAUCUACUCGCAUUCGGAGCAAAUGAUGGAUGAUGUGGAGGAGAGGGUCACGCGCCUGCAGCACAAACGGCACCUGCUCUCACAGAUGACCCCAGAGGACGCUCCUCUCCUCGCCUACACUGAGGACGCUCCUCUCCUCGCCUACACCGGUGAGGCCCUCGUCUCUGCUCGCCUUUACUGCUAUGGUCUCUGCUCGCCUUUACUGCUAUGGUCUCUGCUCGCCUUCACUGCUAUGCCCCUCGCUGCUCCUCGCCUGCACUCACCUCCUCUCGUUCUCGCUUGCUCACUCUUCAGUCCUUCUUCCACUCCCCAUCUAACCACCUGGUCCGCCUCCCCGUCCACUCAUUCGGGCGACCUAGCAGUGAGGCUGAUGGAGUGCGGCAUAGCAACAAGGCUGAUGGAGUGUCUGCUCGUGCUGCAUGCAUCAUCAGCAGAGGAGCUCGCUCAUCUCGACCACCAAUGGACCGCCUCUCGCUCUCUCGCUGCUGCCAACGUCUCCCCGCGUACACGCUCCAUCGCAGCCAAGCAGCUGGUGGAUCGCUGUAGGGAGCUUUUGAACGACUACCCGACCACCCUGCAAGCCGAUGAGGCGCAGCUGGAGCAGCUCAAGGGAGCCGUGGUGAAUGAUGAGCAGAGAGAGGGGAGAGGAAGUGCAGGUAGUGAGGGGAGUGGGCAUGAGAAGGAGGGGAAAACGCGGCGGCGCAUGCAGGCAGCAGUGGAGUACCGAGUGGAGGAGAAACGGAUCCUUGCAGACGCGGUUGCUCGCUACGGCCGGAUGGUGCUGGUGUGA